CCCGGAAGUGCCUGCUCCGACGCCAGCCUUAAAGGGGCCUCGGUGCGCUGGUGAGAUGCAUGAGGGAGGGGUGAACACCCAUGGGUGGCCCGGCCAUGGCGAGGCCCGGUCACGCCAGGAGCCGUCCGUCACGGGAGGAAGAGGAGGAGGAGGAGGAAGACCCAGUGGACGCCAUGAUUUUGCGGACGGGCUGUGCGGCGCAGCACCGGGAGCUGCAGGAGUGCAUGGCGGAGCGGCGGGACUGGCGGCACUGCCAAACCCAAGUCCGGGCUUUCGGCGAGUGCAUGGCCCAGCGGCAACGGGCCAAGGAACCGCGGCGGGCAGCCGGCUCCCCCCAAACCCAGCCCUCUCCUGAAUGAAAUCCCCAACUGGUCCCACCAACCACGGGUACCCCAGGAAUGGGGUAACUGCGGUGUCGGGGAAAAUUAAAUCCAGUGGUUGUUGUCCUGUGC